AAUUAACCCGAAAGAGUAUAAAGGACCCGCCGCUAAGCGCUGUGGGAACAAUCUGCUAACAGAAUGAAGCAGUCGCUGAUUGUGUGGUUGGCUGCUCUGACCACGGUGCUGCUGUCUAGAUCGGACGCUGGCAAGGGACCCAAUGUCCUGCAGCGCGACGUACCAGACGCUUUCAAGGUCUUCGCUGCGUUCCCUUAUGCUGUCGCCAUUUCCGACGCUGACAACGAUACCAUCUUUGAAUGCCUGACGGCUACGCGCAAGGACUUUGACCCAGAGGCGAAGACAGUAACCUAUGUGUGGUCAAUAAAUGAGGGUCCUGGAAAGAGGAAGCAUGUUGGUUUCCACCACACCGCCGGGGCAACGCCGGAUGCCACAAACUUCACAGUUGGCCAAGAUUCCAAUGCUGUGGAAGUGGGGUAUGUCAUCUGGAGCGACUACAAAGACUGCGCCAUCACGGAAGUUCCGCACUUCGGAGACCAAUGCACACUAUGGGUGUUAAAAGAAGUGGAGGACCUUGUACCACUGUACUGUCUGGAGCAGUUUCACGACGUAUGUGGUGUCGUGGUGCCCCUUCACGACAGCGACCUCUGCGAGGAUGACGAGAAUGACGAGGAGGACGAAGAUGACUAGGCGCUGAAAGCACACACUGGAUAAACCACUGCUGAUACUGAUAUGAACACGGAUGUCAUGGGUGCAUAAUGAUGGUGGUCAGGAUCUUAACCAAAUAAAGGUUUGCU